CCGGCCCAUGGCCCGGCGUUGACGGCGACGCCAUGUUCAGCUGGAUGCGGCGGCACGAGAAGAAGAGCCCCGAGGUGGUGCGCACCGUCACCGCGGGGCUGAAGGAGCUCUACAAGAAGAAGCUGCUCCCGGUGGAAGAGUUCUACCGCUUCCACGAUUUCCAUUCGCCGGCGCUGGAAGACGCCGAUUUCGACAACAAGCCGAUGGUGCUGGUGGCCGGGCAGUACUCCACCGGCAAGACCACGUUCAUCCGGUACCUGUUGGAGGAGGACAUCCCCGGCGCCCGCGUCGGCCCCGAACCCACCACCGACUCUUUCGUGGCCAUCAUGCACGGCGAGGCCGCCGGCAUCACGCCGGGCAACGCGCUCAUCGUCGACCCCAACAAACCUUUCCGGAAGCUCAACCCUUUCGGGAAUACUUUUCUGAACCGGUUUGGAGUUGGGUUCUUGGCCAUGGUUUGGCGUCGGCGUUGGGUUCAUGGCCAUGGUUUGAUGCUGAGGUUGCAUUCAUGGCCAUGGUUUGGCGUCGGCGUUGGGUUCACGGUCACGGUUCGGCGCCGGGCUCGAACUCAGUGCCGAGCUUGGCCCCCCCCCCCGGCUCUACCCCCAGGCUACGACUUCCCGGCCGUUCUGCAGUGGUUCGCGGAGCGCGUGGACCUCAUCAUCCUCCUGUUCGACGCCCACAAGCUGGAGAUCUCGGACGAGUUCUCCGAAGCCAUCCGGGCGCUGCGGGGCCACGAGGACAAAGUGCGCGUGGUGCUGAACAAGGCCGACAUGGUGGAGACGCAGCAGCUGAUGCGGGUCUACGGGGCCCUGAUGUGGUCCCUGGGGAAAGUGUUCAACACCCCCGAGGUGCUGCGCGUCUUCAUCGGUUCCUUCUGGUCCGAGCCGCUGCUCAUCGCCGACAACCGGCGCCUCUUCGAGCUGGAGGAGCAGGACCUGUUCCAGGAGAUCCAGAACCUGCCCCGCAAUUCCGCCCUGCGGAAGCUCAACGACCUC